AUGUACAUACACACACAGAAAUAUGUACACACACACACACACACAUACAGACACAUGUACACACACAGACACAUGUACAUACACACAGACACAUGCACACACAGACACAUGUACGUACAUACACACAUACCCAUAAAAAGUUGCAGUACUUCGCUGUUCACUCACAGAUCCGGGUACUGCAUUCUAGGGGGAGGCAGAGAGCACAGCACACACUCCUUUCUUUGCUUUCACUGCGCUCAGCUAUUGAGCAGUCUGACAGCUCCCAGUGCCAAUGACAGAUCCGGCCUGAGCUCCGAGCCUGCUCAGCAAGACGGCCAUAGGGGGACACACUCGCCCCCACCAUAAUUUCCACUCGCCAUUGGCGAGCAGGCGAGUGGAAAUUUAAAGCCCU